AGGGGCAAUUCAACUAGUUAAAAAUCUAAGAUUUCAAGUUGGAAAUUUUAGGUUUGCAAGCAAAAGGAAAUUUCACGAAAAAAUAGUGGGAGAAGAAAAAAGAAAGGACUCAAUUGAAGAAAUCAAAAGUUGGGGGAUGAAAUCCUUUAAGCUAUAAAUCUAGCCCAUUUCUCAAACCCAUCUCAAAUGCUUCCUCCCCAAACCAACCAGCAGCUACGAUCACCAGCCAUCAUCGGCACAUCAUCGGCAAUCAUACCCUUCUACACCCUACACCCCCUUGUUGCCGCACCCCUCUGCUCUCCCCUACUGCUGUACCAAGCCUGUGCCCUUGUUGCUGUGCUAAGCCCAGAUCCCUAGCCCUGCACUCCUACGCCUCUUACACCCCCCCUCUUCUGCACCGCGCCUUACCCUCUGCACGCCUGAGCCCCACUUCUGGCAAUCAUACCCCCUGCUGCUGCACCGAGCCUACGCCCCUGCACUCUACGCCCCCAACCCUGCGCCCCCAACCCUGCGCCUCUACACUCCUGCUUGCUACAGCCCUAUCCUUGCCUCACCUGCAGAAAAGACAGCGUAUACCAAACAAAUCGGCAUCCUCAAAAGAAGUUUUAUUUUAUUUUUAUUUUAUUUUAUUAUUUGGGUAUAUAUAUAGAGAAAAAAAAUCAGAUUGAGGGGGAUUUUUUCUUUUGGUUGAUUUUGGGGUUCUUUGGUUUGAAUUUGGGUAUUGCCAGAGGUGGCAGUAAGAGGAAGAGGAUCUUGAAUUUCUAGAGCUCACUGAAGGAGAUUGUGCAUUUCCUAAGUUUUUUUGGUCUUAGGUAAAAAAAUUUCUAAAACAAAGGAUUUUUUUAGCGAAAAAUGGUGAAGGAAAUGAUGGAAGCUUGAUCUUGUGGGCGUAAUUCCUUCCAUCGGAUCUAGAUCCGUUUUCCUCUUAGAAAUCCGCCGUCCUUGUUUAUCCUUUUUUUUUUUUUCCUUUCUGUUGGUGAUUUGGUUCUUUUAUUAAGGAUGUUAAGCUUGCAUAUGCUUAUUUGGAAAUGAAUGAGAAUCGUAGUU